AUGUUAUGCACUUAUUACAUUACAUUUUCUGUAUAAUACUAUUUCUACAUUGACCCUAGUCUAAUAUAGAAUGAAGUUGCAAUUGUAAACUGCAACACUAACUUUAAUCAGUUGAGUUCUGCAACAUUCCAAUGAUAAAACAUGGUAAAUGAGGAAGGAGUUUCAUCACCAGCACCAUCAUCAACCUCUAACAACAACAGAAGAUGGAGUUACCAUGUUUUUUGAGUUUUAGGGGAGCAGACACAAGAAAAGGCUUCACAAACCACUUGUAUUCUGCUUUAAAGGAUGCUGGGAUCAUAGUUUUCAGAGAUGACAAGAUUCUUGAAGUUGGAGAUGUCAUAUCAGAAGAACUUCCAAGAGCAAUCAAGGACUCACUCUCUGCCAUUGUUAUCCUCUCACCAAAAUAUGCUACUUCCACUUGGUGCUUGGAGGAGCUUCACUGCAUUCUUGAGUCCAAACUUGAAGUUUUCCCAAUCUUCUAUGAUGUGGAAGCAUCAGAUGUUAGAUACCAAAAGGGAAGUUUUGCUGAGGCCUUUGAGAAACAUGAGAAGAGGUAUGAUGGAGAUAAGGUUCAAAAAUGGAGAGAUGCCUUAACACAAGUUGCUGGUUUAAGUGGUUGGGGCUCCAAAAAAAGGUUGGAAGCAGAACUAAUUGAAGAAAUUGUCACAACUGUUUGGACAAGGCUGCAACCUAAAUUGCCAACAUUUAGGGAUGGAUUGGUUGGAAUUGAUAAGAAGCUAGAAGACAUGAACUCACUUUUAAGACCAGAUGUAAAGGAUGUUCGCUUUAUAGGCAUAUGGGGCAUGGGAGGCAUAGGAAAGACAACUCUUGCUAAAGUCUUGUAUAUGAAAAUUCGAAGAAAAUUCGAAAUUAGUUGCACCCUUGACAAUGUUAGAGAAGCUUCCGGUCAAAGACAUGGCCUGCUAAACUUGCAAAGAGAACUUCUUAGUAAGCUGAAAAUUAUGGACACAAAGAUAGAAGAUGAGUAUCAAGGAAUAGACACUAUUAGAAACUUUCUCUUCAAUAAAAAGGUUCUACUUGUUCUUGAUGAUGUAAGUGAUAUGAGCCAAUUAGAGAAUUUAGCAGAAAAGGAAUGGUUUGGUCCAGGGAGUAGAGUAAUAGUGACUACAAGAGACAUGCAACUGUUGACGUCUCAUGGAAUAUCAGAAAAGUAUGAGAUUGAUUUCUUGAACCAUGAAGAAUCCCUUCAACUCUUUUCAAGGAAAGCCUUUAAGAGAGAUGAACCUCCAGAGCAUUUUCUGAAGCUGUCGAAAGCCGUGAUCAAAUAUGCUGGAGGCCUUCCUUUGACACUCAAGCUUCUCGGCUCACUUCUUUGCGAACGAAGUGUGUCACAAUGGAAGGAGGUUUUGGAACAGAUAAAAGAAGUUCCUGAGAGUGAUAGUCUUCAUAGGACACUUGGAAUAAGCUAUGAUGGACUACCGAGGCGAUAUAAAGGACUAUUUCUAGACAUUGCUUGUUUCUUCAAAGGGUGGACUAAAGAUCAAGUGAAACAAAUACUGAAUGAUUGCGGCCGUUAUCCUCCAAUUGGAAUCGAAAUUCUUAUUGAAAAAUCACUGGUAACUUAUGAUUCAGGGGUUCUGGGGAUGCAUGAUUCACUUCAAGACAUGGGAAGGAGUAUUGUCUUUGAAGAAUCUCCUGAAAUUGCUGGUAAACGUAGCAGGUUGUGGUCUUUGGAUGACAUUGAUCAUGUGCUAAGAAAAAAUAAGGUAAAUGAAUCAACACAAGGCAUAGUACUCGAAUUAUGGCAUUUGCAUCAUGAAGCUCGCUGGCACCCUGAAGGGUUCUCAAAUAUGGAGAUCCUUAGACUACUUAUCUUGUCAAGUAACUUGCACCUUCCACUUGGCCUAAAAUGUCUAUCUAGUGGAUUAAAAGUCCUUGUAUGGAGGGAAUGUCCCUUAAACGCUUUACCACUUGGAGUCCCUCUGGAUGAACUCGUUCGCCUCAAAAUGCCUCACAGCAAUCUAAAACAACUUUGGAAUGGAAUGCAGUACUUUGCUAAGAUGAAAUCCAUCUAUUUAAGUCAUUCUCUAAGCCUGACUAGCACUCCAGAUUUUACCGGAAUCCCCAAUCUGGAAAUACUGUAUCUUGAUGAAUGCAUAAACCUGUUUGAGGUUCAUCCAUCUCUUGGAAAGCACAGAAAGCUUGUCAAAGUGUCAUUAGCUGACUGCAGAAAUCUCAAGAAACUUCCAAGAAAAUUGGAAAUGGAAUCUCUGAAGUGCUUAGACCUCCAUGGCUGCACAAAUGUCAGAAAGCUUCCUGAGUUUGGGGAAAAUAUGAUACAUCUAGAGGAGCUCGAUUUGCGCAACAUCGCCAUAGCAGAAUUGCCUCCUUCUCUUGGUCAUGUAACUGCUCUUCGCACUUUGAAUUUAGAGAGUUGUCAAAAUCUCAUUUGCUUGCCAAAAACUUUUGGCAAUUUGAAAUCUCUUACAAAGCUCAAUAUCUGCUGUUGCUCAAACUUCUCUAAGCUGCCGGAGAAUUUAAAUGAAAAUGAAGCAUUAGAAUAUCUUAAUGCAAGUUUAACUGCAUUAAGAGAAAUACCUUCUUCUAUUGUUCAUUUGAAGAAUCUUAUGUGGCUCAUUAUAGCUGGAUGUAAAGUUCAGGAAACUUCCAACUCAUGGAACAUCAUUCAACCAAUAGCACAGAUAUUCGGCUUCAAGAGUUAUCAUCCACCGAUUUCAAUGAGCUUGGUGUUGCCUCCUUCUAUAUCAGCACAUGUUUACUUGUACAAUUGUCCUCGCCUCGAGUCAUUGCCUAAGCUUCCACCAACGGUGCAGCGAGUAGAUGCAUGCCAGAGUGUUUCACUGAAACCUUUAUCAGAUCCAGAACAAAUAUGGAGUCUAUUGGAAGCAAUUGACUUAGAGGAGGUGGAGGAUCCUGAUUCUUCAAUGAAAUUCUCUCGGUUUCGGCCUAUACUGGAGAUUCCUGGAACAGAACUUCCUGCAUGCUUUCAGAAUGAAGAUUAUUUUGUGCCAGACAAACAAUUUCUAGAACAUUUUGGAAUUCAAUUCGAGUCAGCCGUAUCAAUAAUCCUGGAAAUACCAGAAUCUUGUAGUCAGAGUGAAUUUUGGGGAAUUGCUGUAUGCCUUGUGAUAGAAGGCAAUCCAGAAUCUGCACCAUUGCAGUACUAUGAUGGCCUAUAUUGCUUUAGUCAAGUUCAUAGUGCUAAUUCUGAGGAAAAACAGGAAAUCAACAUUGAAGAUGCUGAAUGGAUUAAGUGGAUACCAAACUAUAAAUGCCCUCACAUUUUGAUGUAUUAUUAUCCUGUUAACUUUUGGCAACAUGAUGAAAACAAAGUUAAACUAAUGUUUUAUGCUAUAAACAACAAUGGCACAGGGAAUAAGAUGAUGAUUGAGGGGAGUAAUAGUAAAAGAUGUUCCAAAAUAAAGAAGUGUGGUGCACGUUUGGUAUCUAAGAUGGGUGCUGGUUAUGUGCAGAAGACACCAAAUCCAUACAGGGAGGAAGGAUUCCCACCUACCAAAAUUCCCAAAGUUACACCUGAAGGAAUGUAUGUAGCCACUGCUUAUGCAACGACUCGCAUAAGAUAACUAAUGCUUCUUUCAAUGUGUAUUUUAUAUUCCAAUAUGGAUUCUAUACAGAAUUACAGAUAACUGAUUUGGUAGUUGAUUUUUGGUGUACAAGUAGCAUGAUUGUACAUACUUAUCUCCACGAAAACAUUGUUGGAAAGGUUAAUGUUUGCUUGUUAGUUUGUCAAUAAAAGCAGUAGUUUUAAAACA